CUCGUAUUCUCACUUUCUUUCACACACACAAACUCGGAAGCGGUAGGAUGUUGGUGAACAUGGUGUGUGUGCUCUGCUGUGUGUCGGUGUCGGUGUGUGUGAACGGAGAGGAAUAUGAAGUGAACUACGCAGACAACUACGAAAACGAGAUUACACAGGACCAACAGGACGGGGACUCCCCUGUGACUACCUGCCAGACUGCAGAGCUCUCUCGCUGGAACAAACUCUUCGUGGCCCUGGAGGACUCCCACCAGAGGGAGAUGAUGCUGAUGGAAGCCCUAAAGCAACGCUUUGGAGGCCCGGGAGUUUGCCAGCAGUGCCUGCCUGCCAUCGAGGCAAUCUGCCGGGGGCAGGCAGAGCAGGCGAGCCCCAGGCUCCAGCGAGGCCUAGUGGAGCUGAAGGAGGAGGUAACAGAGAGAGAGGGGAGGAUGAAUGCUUCACUACAGCAGAUCAGACAGGAGGGAGCAGAAAGUUACAGGAGGAUGAUGGAUGUGUUACAUCAGCUCCAUAGACCACAUCGAUUGGAGGAGAGUAAGCUGAGCGGGGAGGUGACAGGAGGGGCUGGAUCUAUAGGAGCCGGGCAUAGAGAGGCAGAGCCAAUCAGGACAGGAACAGCAGGUGUAGUACCUUCUUUAGGAGUGGGACUUGAAGCCACACGACCAAUCGAGGCAGGGCAUACAGAGAAUGGGUUGGGUUUAGGGGAGGGGCUUAGUGGGACAGGUGGACCAAUAGGGACGAGGCCUGGCAGUGUAGGGGCGGGUCUCGGACUGGGAUUGGGCAUGAAGCCGUUCUUGUCGAGCACAAAGAAACAGGAAGUGACAUCAUCACCAUCCUCGGACCGGGGGAAGAUAGAGAGGGCUCUGGUUGCUAUAGCGAUGGAACUGCGGAAGGUACAGACCCAGCUGGGCCUAAUAUCCUCUGUAGGGAACGAAGGAUGAAAAAAGAUGAGGAGAAAUGAAAGGAAGGAUGUCUGAUGGAUAUUUUCCUCUAUCAGGGCCUGAAUUAAAACUAAAAUGUAAACUGAUUUAGAUUUUGCACAAUAACAUAUCACCUUUUUAUACAUUAGUAAAGCAAAAAAAAAUGCCUUGAAAUAUGUUGAGUA